AUAUUAACUAUCAUAAUAUUUUUUUAAGUAUUCAGAAAAUUCUUAGCUCUUGAACAUACAUAACUAGUACAUAAAAUAUAGAUACAUUUUUUUUUAAUUUCCAAAGAUUAUUAAAAACAAUUCCCAUGGCUGGCCGCUAUGAUCGCGCUGUGACCAUUUACUCGCCCGAUGGCCACCUACUCCAGGUGGAGUAUGCCCAGGAGGCGGUUCGCAAGGGCUCUACAGUGAUUGGUCUGUGCACCACAAACUCCAUAGUUUUGGGCAUGGAGAAAAAGAACGUGAACACCUUGCAGGAAGAGCGAACUGUUCGCAAGAUCUGCAUGCUGGACGACCAUGUGGUGAUGACCUUUGCCGGCCUAACAGCCGAUGCCCGGAUCAUAGUCAGCCGAGCCCAGGCAGAGGCGCAGAGUCAUCGCUUGAAUUUUGAGAAGCCCGUGUCUGUGGAGUACAUAACGCGAUUCAUAGCCCAGAUGAAGCAGAAAUACACACAGAGCAAUGGCCGGCGUCCAUUUGGCUUGUCGUGCUUGGUGGGUGGCUUUGAUGAGGACGGCACUCCACACCUGUUCCAAACGGAGCCCUCGGGCAUCUUCUACGAGUGGAAGGCAAGUGGCACCGGACGCUCGGGUGCCCUGGCCCGGGCGCAUAUGGAGAAGCAUGCCGACGAGAUUUUGGCCUCCGCUGAUAAGCCCAUGGCCACGCUGAAGCAUGUGGUCCGCACCCUGGUGAGUUCAGCCACGUUGAAUCAGAACCAACUGGAGGUGGCUGUCCUCGAGCACAAGCAGCCGCUACGGAUGAUUGAUCACCAGGUCGUCGCCGAUCUCGUGAGGGAUGUGCACCUGGAAAUGGAGGAGGAGGUCAAGCAGCGGACGCGCAAAACCCCACGUCCUUGAUUCUGGACACUGCCAGCGGGCAGGAGAACACUUUACGAGAUACUCCUAAUCAAAAGUUGAUAAACCAUUCCUUUCCUGGCAUCGCA